ACGGGCGCCGCGCCCGCGAGUCAGCAGGUGAGGUCGCCUCCCGCUACCCGGUAUCCUAUCCUAUCUAACCCCUAUGGUAUGGGUUAUGGGCUGUGGCAUGGCCCGCCCCGGGCCCUAUAUAAACGCCGCUCCCAUCUCGCUAACGAACUAGUAGCAGUUGCUUUGCUUCCAUUUCCCUCCCUACGCCGGCCAGUACACACACCCGACCGCGAAGAAACCGAGCAACAAAAACAUGCGAGAAAUGGAGCACAAGAGGCCGGUUGUCCGCCGCCAGGAGCCCACCGUCGCAAGGACGGAGGACGACGUGGCUUCCGGCGACGAGGAAUCCGACGUCGAGUUCGAGUUCCCCUUCGUGAGCCAGGAGUCCGGCGCGGGCGCGGGCGCCGCGGCGGCCGACGAGCUCUUCGCGGACGGCCGCAUCCGCGCGUCCUACCCGGUGUUUGGCCGAGUCCUAGACGAGGCCGCGGCGCCGGCGCCGAGGGCGCCGCUGGGGCGGCUGUUCCAGCUGGAGCGGGCGCGGACCUCGUCCGUCGCGUCCAGGUCGUCGUCCUCGUCCUCGUCUUCGUCGACGGCGGCGGACGCGGACGCGGGCGUCGACGGCGCGUCGCCGGACAGCUACUGCCUCUGGACGCCCGGGUCGUCGCCGGCGUCCUCGCCCUCGCGGCCGCCGCGGAAGAGCGGGUCCACGGGCUCCGUCGCGCGGUGGCGCCGCAUCGGCGAGCUCGUCGUCGGCCGCAGCCACAGCGACGGGAAGGAGAGGUUCCUCUUCCUCUCCGCGCCGCCGUCCCCGGCCAGGGACAGGGACCACUCCACGGACUCCAAGGCGAAGCAGCCUUCCAGAGCAAGUAAAUCCGCAGCCGCCGAGCUCGACACGGUCCCCGCGGGGCGCCGGAUGUCCUACGGCGGCGGCGGCGGCGCCAAGGCGUCCACCGGCGGCCGGCGCACGUUCCUGCCGUACCGGCAGGACCUCGUGGGGCUGUUCGCCAGCGCGCACGGGCUCAGCCGGAGCACCCUGCCGUUCUGAGCCGGUGUAGCCACGACGCGCAGUGGCGUGGAGGACCCGUUCCAAAAGGCGAUGCCUUGGAGAUUGAAAUUGAAACCGGGAUUUGAAAUUUCAAGACAUUUGAAUUGGAGAUCCACUGCAUGUAACCCUGCUUUGCGAAGACCAGUAUUAGCAUUAGCAUACGUGUGGGAUUAAAGCGAUUAUUACGCGAGUCAAAAAAGGCAAGGUGUCAAGUCAGAGAAAGCAGGGGAAACGUGAGCCUUACCAUUAGCAUUCGGCUCGGAAUCGGGCUCUCGAGUCGGUUCCGACCACCGCCAUUCAUUCUAUACCCAACCAACACGCGAAGAAAUUAAGACACGUUUUCCUCUCACACGGGAUUUGCAGCAUCCGCAGGAUUAACGUUGAGCGCGUUCGGCUGCCCUGCACGGAGCACUGUUGCAGCUGCAAUCCCUAGAGAGAAAAUACUGUAGAAGCCGCAGCCGCAGUCGGAUUAAAGCCGCAGCGAACAAGCCAAAGCAUAGACACGUGGCAGUUAUAAUUUUCAUGUGGACACGUUAUAGGAGAUACACAUAUACGGACACGUUGGACAAGAAGUUUACAUGUGGUUGUUUGUACAUGAUCAUUGUAUAGUACUAAUGCAUAGAGAUUACACAAGUCAGAAGUAGGUGAGUUUGUUUGCAAGGAAUCCAGGUUUCCUUGUCUGCAAUCUAUUGUUUGUUUGUUUUUCUAUGUAUUGUCGCAUCUCUAAUCUAAUUGCUUAUCUCUACUUUAAUUAGGGCAUGUACAAUGAGUGUCUUAAGUUGUGUCUUAGAGUGUGUCUAGGGGGUGAAUGUAAAAAAACUCAAGACAUGCAUCUUGACGAAGACAUCGUGUCUUACCUCUA